CCCCGUUCAUGGGCCCAUACUUUUUAUGUUGGUGAAAAUUAUUAAGAUGUAGAAUAAUGACGAAGAGAAAAACGUAAAUAAAGGCAAGGAUGAGUGAUGUUGAAGAAGAAUGACAAAAGGGUGGAUGAAUAUGAAGAAAAUGUUUUACUGUGUAGAGCACUUUUAUUUUUAUGGCUCCUUGCCUUUUUGCUGCUAGGUUCACAUAGGGUCCAGUCAGAGUACACUGUAUUCUGUACCUAAUGAAAUUACAGAUGGGACAAGCAAAGGGGACAAUAGAAAAAAUAUAACAACGUUAAGCAAUGCAACUUCAAUGAAGACAAAUUCAAAAGGAACAUAUUGUGGUAUGGGAUUAUUUUUUGUUACUCCUGUGGAAUAAUGGAAUUUCGUUUUUUAUACAUUUAUGGUGAUAUGGAGUAAAAGUCCGCCAUAUUCAUUCACCACACCCGGAGUUCAACUAUUGGAGGCCUACCUCCUCGACCCCAAAAGUAAGUGUUAUCAAGAGAGUCAUGACUCUGGGCUCCGUAGGGGCCUGUUGCCUCAGCGAAGAGGGAAAGGAGGCUCGACGGAUCAACGACGAGAUCGAAAGACAGCUUCGCCGGGACAAGAAAGACUCGCGCCGCGAGUUUAAGCUGUUGCUUCUCGGGACUGGUGAGAGUGGGAAGAGCACCUUCAUCAAGCAGAUGAGGAUCAUCCAUGGGACGGGCUACUCCGAGGAUGACAAGCGAGGCUUCACCAAGCUGGUGUACCAGAACAUCUUCACUGCCAUGCAGUCCAUGAUCCAUGCUAUGGAGACCCUUCAGAUCCCUUACAAGUGUGAAGACAACCAGGGCCAUGCAAAUAUUGUCAUUGAAGUGGACGUAGAGAAGGUCACAAUGUUUACAAAUCCGUACGUUGACGCCAUUAAGAGUCUAUGGAAUGACCCAGGGAUCCAGGAAUGCUACGAUCGGAAGAGGGAAUACCAGCUCUCAGACUCUGCCAAAUACUACUUGAAUGCACUGGACCGUAUAGCUGAGUCAUCUUAUGUCCCGACCCAGCAAGACGUGCUCAGGGUCAGGGUCCCUACCACAGGCAUCAUAGAGUACCCCUUUGACCUCCAGAGUGUGGUCUUCAGAAUGGUGGAUGUGGGUGGCCAGAGGUCUGAGAGGCGGAAAUGGAUCCACUGCUUUGAGAAUGUCACCUCCAUCAUGUUCCUGGUGGCUCUCAGUGAAUACGACCAGGUCCUGGUAGAAUCUGACAAUGAGAAUCGAAUGGAGGAAAGCAAAGCGUUGUUCAGGACAAUAAUAACCUACCCGUGGUUUAAAGAUUCCUCAAUCAUUCUAUUCUUGAAUAAGAUUGACUUAAUGCAGGAGAAAAUCUUGUUCUCACAUCUGGUGGAUUACUUCCCUGAAUAUGAUGGGCCCCAGCGGGACCCACAGGCAGGAAGAGAAUUCAUCUUGAAGAUGUUUGUGGACCUGAAUCCAGAUUGCGAUAAAAUCUACUCCCACUUCACCUGUGCCACUGACACGGAGAACAUUCGAUUUGUCUUUGCCGCUGUCAAGGACUUCAUUCUGCAGCUGAAUCUGAAGGAGUACAACCUGGUUUAAAGGCUACAGCUGAAUCUGAAGGAGUACAACCUGAUUUAAAGGCUCCAGCUGAAUCUGAAGUAGUACAACCUGGUUUAAAGGCUCCAGCUGAAUCUGAAGUAGUACAACCUGGUUUAAAGGCUCCAGCUGAAUCUGAAGUAGUACAACUUGGAUUAAAGAAUCCAGCUGAAUUUUACGGAGUACAACCUGGUUUAAAGGCUCCAGCUGAAUCUGAAGUAGUACAACUUGGAUUAAAGAAUCCAGCUGAAUUUUACGGAGUACAACCUGGUUUAAAGACUCCAGCCGACCGCAGUUACAGACUCUUUAAUACCAUGUGAAGGAGUACAACCUGGUUUAAAGAUUCCAGCCCACCGCAGUUACAGACUCCAAAAGCUGCAGCCAGAGACCAGGGCCUGGAGCCAUAGUACAGAUAGACUACUUCAGUAUGUCUGGUUGUCUUUCACUACGGUGAAACCCUACAGAGAAUUUACAUAAAUGACUGUAUUAUUUCAACUGUUCACCACUGCAUUAUUUUAUUUUUUAUGGGUAUCUUUGAUUUUGUUUACGAGGUGCAUCAUGAUGAUGAAUAUCACUGUGCCUUUUUGAGGAUAGAGGAUUCUGGUGUACAUUGAGAGUUAUUGAGAACUCUUUGUAAACCGUUUAAAACACAUUAUAACAGUGUAAACACACAUUUCAUCAGAUGAGAGUUAAAAAGUGCUUUGAUGUGCCUGGUGUGUCUCUGAGGACUGUUGACCGACGGCUCUCUUGUCAAAGAAAGUCUGGUGGACAUUUAGAUAACUGCUAUGAAUCACAUCACAUUACAUCCUCCAGCGGGUCAUAGUCACACUAGUGUUUCACCUAUAUGCAUUUAGCAGGGGUGCACUGCCACUACAUAAAAAAAUGUAGAUGUAUGCCCUCCCCACCUCCCGCAGAAGGACCCCAUGAAGGCCCCAAACACUGCAGUCUAUAAUGUGUUUUUUUUGUAUUGAGACGUGGUUUAAAUACAUUGUUUACGUAUUUAAAAUGAGUAGUCAUUCUCUGGGUCAGAGGAUAGAAGAAACAGUCAUAAUCAUCACCUAGAACACGUAAACUAGCAAACAGGUAUUAUUUGCACAAUUGACACAUUUUGUUGUUUUUCUAUUGGUGUAUAGCUAAGUGUUGCCAAAUUAAUAUUACCUCUAUUGACUGAACACCCUCUACACCCUCUAAAGGGUGAAAUCUGACACUGUACCAUCAAAUUUCAGCCAAAACGCAUUUGACUCAACACUUUUCAGUUGUGAUACUGUAUAUGUCAGCUACCAGUGUUAUAAAAUAAGCAUAUUAGCUCCCACUAAACAGUGCAUCUUGAUGCUGUUCCUCAUCCAAUGAGGGAUUGUUAUCAUAUUUACACAAGGUCUAUCGUUGAUCCAUAACAUCUGCCUUUUGACAGUCCUUUGUUUUCUCAGUGGAGAUCUACUGUAUUGCUUUGGCACAGUUUCAGUUUAGGGAUUUUAAACUUUAAUGAGUUAUCGAAUCACUCUCUGGUUUCAAGAUUAUUUCUGAUAAGGGCUGAAAAUGAUUCCCCAUAUGUAGUAUAUGCCUCCUUGCACUUUGUAAAUACAAACUGAUACAGUGAUUUUCUGUUUUAAGGUCCUGUAAAAUGAAAAGUGUUGCAAUUGUUACCUGCUGAAUGAGAAUGUUGGGUCCAAUGACCUGCUUUGUACACAGGCAUUCAUUUCUUGAACUCAUUUUUUGAAUCAUAAAUAUGUAAUUUGAGAGUAAAAAUAAGAACUUACAUUUUUAUAUAAAUUAAAGAACUAAUCAAGGUUUUCAAUUUGUGUCAAUCUUCACACACCCUGACGUCAUGUGCCAUUUUAAAGUCUCGAUUGAAAAUAAAGCAUAUAUAUUUCACAUUUAUGUCAAAUUAUCUUCGGAGCAAUUUUGUCCAUGUUUUGAAAUUAGGAGUGACGGAAUAAAUCAUUACAAUUAAUGCAA